UUCACAGGGGACGGGGAGGACAUCAUUCUGAAAUUGCUUUUUUGUCAUCUCCUCCGGUUUUAUCAUUGCACUGAGAUGCAAAACAAGGCUCUGGUGUGCGUUAAGACCAUGCAGACACCUCAGAGCAUUUGGGUAGGCUGUUUUCCGGUUUGGCUGUGUGAAGGUAAAGCUUCUGAAAGGCUGGCGUAUAGGACCAGCAAGGAGAGCAGAAACUGGCUACUGAUCUACCUGGCAAGAGUCCAUGACACCACAUGAAGAACAACUAACAUUCAGAAAACUGGUUCAGCUUGCGAAAGGAGACAAAAAAGAUGGCACACAACAAGGGGUCAUCUCUGUCCAAUGCCCGUGGUCGUGAAAUGUAUGUUGGAAGUCAAAUCAGGGAUUCCCUUUCACUUCUGGAUGUUUUGUACGCAAAUGCAUUUGAAGAAGAGGACAUAGACUCCAAAGUAGCUAAGAAGACCGAGGUAGAUUUUUACAGAGGAGCCCCACCUCAAUGGCUUAACUUCUGCUGGGCUGAAAGGGCAACUUCAGCUGAUAAAACAACAACCUUUAUAAAAAGAGACGGGUACACUGAGCUGAUACAAAAUAUUAAGAAACCAUGUAAGGGUGACCUGACUUCUACCAUGAAUCUGAUGUAUCAGCCAGGCAGUGGGGGAACCACUCUGGCCAAGCAGGUUCUCUGGGACAUGAGGAAAACACUGAGGUGUGCUGUUCUAACAGGCCCUACCUCAGAUAUUACUGCUAUCGCCAAGCAGGUGAUUCACCUUUUCACUGCAGGCGGUCAAGGCCACCAGAACACUGUGCUCUUACUGCUGGAAGAUGAGCGUAUUCUGGAGAAUCUGCAGGAUGCCAUCAUCAAAGAGAUUACAGACCGAAACAUUACAACCCACAUGCCUGUGGUCAUCAUUUUAAACUGUGUGCGUAAGGAAGUUAUCAAACAAGAGGACCAUAACAAAUCAAGACAUGUUAUUCUCAGGAUGGAACUUUCUGAAGCAGAGAAACAACAGUUUGAGGAGAAACAGAUUGAGAUCAGUCGAAGCUACAGCAAUGAACACAAACAGUUUCAUGGCUUUAACAUAAUGCGAGAAAAUUUCAGUGGAGAUUAUGUUAAAGAAACAUGUGCCCUUUCAGGAGAUGUCAGGAAAAAUAGAAGACCUAAAAAUCCCCAGGUUCUUGCAUUCUUAUCACUGGUGAAUGCCUACGUUCCUGGCUCCCACCUUCUGCAGUCUCAUUGUCAGGCAUUCCUGGGGCCUCCAGAUCCCAUUUAUGGAGGUCCUUCCUUUGAGCAGCGAAUGGAGCCUUUCACUCAUCUGAUAGUGACAUUCCCUGCACGACAGGGACAAGACAAACAUGUCCGCAUGGCUCACCCACUGAUUGCACAGCAGUGUGUUGAGUUACUGGCUACAGCAGGUGUGACCAGGAGUGAUACAGCAAGGAACUUUCUGACUGAAUUUUGUAGAGAACAGGUACAACAAUUUUGUAGACAUGUUAACGAAAAGGGAAAUGGGAGAAGAGAGAAAAGACACGUUUUCCAGGUUGAUUCAAGAUAUUGAAGGCGAAGAAUCCAAAAGGAAUGUUGUAUCUGUUUUACAAUUAGCUUCAGAGAAAUUCAAGCAAAACCCAUUCUUUCAUCAAAAUAUUGCUCGUUUUCUUUACAUUGAGACGAGCCUAUUUUAAAGCGGAGAAGUGGGCAAAAAUUGCGAAAGACAGAGAUCCUAAAAGUUCAUUUGUUGCUGAUACACUGGGGCAAGUAUACAAGAACAAUUUGAAGAGCAGGGUCCAUGAUCCUUCCAUCUCUGCACAAGAAAUUUUGCAACUGUCAAAGAAGGCCUUUGAGGCUUUCAGAGAUGAGGAAAGGGCUGCUGAAAAUUAACAGGGAGCAGACAUGCAAGAUGAUGGUAUGACCAAAGUCUCACAGAUCUUUAACAACAGAGGACUAUUUGGAUAUCUACAGGUUGCCAACAUUGUUUUUGACUCGCUUGUCUCUCUUGACAAUACCUGGCAAAAAGUCCUUUCUAUGGAAAUAUCAGCUGACACCUUCUUCAUAAAAAUCAGACAAAAAAAGCUCUUCAAGUACAAGCCACUCAUCAUCAGCCUCAGGGAUGAGGUGGAGAGGAAAUGUGUGUUUUUUGACAGUUACUUGACUUACUCCAAACCCAGCAUGAAAAAAGACGAACCGCAUUACUUUCAGACUGAUGUCAAGAACUGCUACUGCAAAUACGUGGGGACAUGUACACCUAUACACUCAGUCUGCAAUAGAUGUACCCCUCCAGAAGCUCAAAGAAGAAAUGGCCAUUGCCUUCCCUGGACUGCUUUGCUGUCUUGAUAAGGGCUAUGAUAAAACUCACUUGCGCCAAAUAACAAUUUUGUGGGAGGAAAUAAAAAAUGAAUGGGAAAAAAAGAAAGAUGGUGGUGGUGAGAACAAAGCUGCCCAAAACUUCAUCCUUGCCAACAUCAUCUUAAGCAAAGUGGAAGCAGCAUCUCCAAUGCUUACCCCUUUUCCAAUCCUAAGAGGUAUUCUGGAAAGACACCUAUUGGCCAAUUUCGGUAACCAAACCCCAGAGUUUUACGUCUUAGUCCUUUUGCUGUUUUGGCCCGAGGAGCAUAAGAAAAUGGGAUUCCAUGUUGACCUCAAUAAAUGUGUUCUAGAGAUGCAAGAGUCUUACAACAACACAUACAAGAAGCAUCUUCGCUCAAGGUACCUUCGCCCCCUUAUUUUCCAGGGUAAGGGUGAGGGUUUGAGCAGAUUGGUUCAUAGAGCAAAAAUAGAGAAACUAUUGGCAAGGGAGAAUCAAAUGGCAAGGCCAGAGGCAAGGCCAGACACUAUAGUUCAAAAGUGGAGCAGUGGUGAGGUGUGGAGAAAACCCAGUGUCCAGGACCUUCUUCUUCCAGUCAAUGGAGUGGUUAGACAGCACCGGGUGUUUGCGUGUGUUGAUGGCAAGGAGAUUAACGUUUGUGCCGACCAACGAAGAAAAGUUUGGAAGUCUGGAGACGUCUGCUUCUACCUAGGCUUCACCAUUAGAGGUCCUGUGGCCUAUGGCAUACAGUACCCAUCCCAUCACGGACAUGUCUUCUAUUCAGGCAAUGCAGAAAAAGGAGCAGUCUUAUGGAUACAGGAGUAUCAGAAAACCGCAACCAGUGAAGUCCCUUCGGAUGAAGGAUUGGUUCAGCCUCACAACGUCGUCUCCCUCUGCUGAAGUUAAACCUCCUAAAAUGAAGCUGAGAUAUGACAACACUACACCAAACUUCUUUGAGGUGUUCAUAGAAGAUGCAGAUGUUGACUUCAGUAUGAAGCUAAUCAGUGAUGUGGAGGGGGAAAUCGUAUGGGAUCACACAAUACAAAGAGCUGACUUCAGACACAAAACCACUCAGAAUGCACAAAUAGCCAAAGCCGCUCUGAUCUGGUGGAAGUUUCCCCGCCGUAUCGGCUCUCCAAAGCCAACUGGCCGGUGCAAGGCAGGGUUCCAUCCCUAAAGGGGUCUCCCCCUUCCCUGGAGAACGGAGCUGUUCUCGACCCAACCAAUCAGCCAAUGAACUGACAUAGACCAGAAACAGCUUUGCCGUCCUGGAUCAAGAGGUUCCGGCACCUUCGUCCUCGAUGGCUUCCCAAUCAAGAUCGGAUCCGGAUGUACCUGCGUCUUGGUCCUCGUUUCCAUCUCCCUCUCCGGUGGCUUCUACCUCAAGUUCAGAUCCUUGGAGCUCCCAGCCUCACCAGACCCUGAGGCUGCCUGAGGGUCCGGCCCAUUCAACUUCACCAGCUGUCAUCAUAUGGUGAGAAACAUCUCGGUCCCCAAGGCAAAAACCCUGUGCUACCCAGGAGCACGAGUACAGGACACAACAAGGCUGCUUCCAACUGUUCUUCCACAGAUGCUGGUAGCUGAAACUGUCGUAGUGCAUGUGGGGUCAAACGACAUCACGAGGGCUAGCUCGGAACAUUUGAAAGUGGAUAUUAAAGAACUGAUUUUAGCAGUAACCUCUCUUGGAUAGGGGACGCUAGUGUCUCACUUGGCCAACAGCCAGGGGAAAUGCAGCGCGGCAAAUGAAAUAAAAAACGAUAUAAAAAUCUAACUUUCUUUAAAUCACACAUGUAAGAUACUAAAUUAAAG